AUGCCAGUUCGCCACCGGCUCGGACGCGCGAUUGUCCUCGUCCCUUUGCUAGUAGCAAUAUGCAUCUUAGCUGGAUACACUGGCACAUCGGUGUUCUUCGCUCGCACCCAUGACGCGCCUCUGGUACAAGUAGCCGCAUUGGCAAAGAGGCAUGCUGCGCACCUUUCAGAAGAUGGUUUACAAUUCGAAAUCCUGCUGUCCGCUCCCGUUGCAAUGAGCAUCGGAGACACUGUACGGUAUCAGCUUAAUGACCCGUUCGCGGAGGAGGAGUACGCUAGGCUGAUGCCUUCUGGGGGGCAUCUUGUGUAUGUGCACGAUGCAGGUCGUCCAAGGGGUGAUGCGGUCGAAGAACCAGGUCCCAGAGCGUACACGGUGACACUGUUCCACCAACUCAAGUGUCUCGACAUCAUCCGGCGCGAGUUGACGGACGACAGCCUGGAGACGCCAACGAUACGCGCAGCCCAUUGCAUGAACUACCUGCGUCAAAUGAUCAUCUGCCGAGUCAACACCAUCAGGAAAAUCUGGAUUCCCUAA